CUGACCUCACCUCUAUAAACUACAUAGUGUUGUGUUGCUACAAACGAUCCCCUCUCCAGAUGUUUGUGUUGCUUAUCGAAUUUACGUCGUUUAGCUUCACUCCAUUCUGAAUGGCUAGAUGACAAGAUUGAAUAAUCGGUUUCCGUCGCAUGCAGUCGACACCCUCAAGCAAUAACAGCUACACGCAGAUUGAACACAGUAGUUCAAAACCAUGCGAUUAGUUUGGAUUCUGUCGCUUCUUAGUCCACAUCUGAUAUUUGGUUUCAUUCCUGGAAAAAAUGAGUCCUGUUCGACAACAUCCACGGAAAGCUACUCGAACGACAGCAUCGUAGGGUUGAUCCUAGCUCGAGGCGGUUCCCGAGGUAUCCCGUUGAAAAACCUAGCCAAACUAGAUGACCAACAAACGCUGCUGAGUCGAGCCCUACAAACCAUCUUAAGUGUCGAUGGAUUCCACUCAGUUUGGGUCUCGACCGAGGAUGACCGAAUCGCCCAAGCGGUGGAACGCGAGUUUCCCGACAGUCUGGUAAAGGUACAUCAGCGCCCGAUGGAAGUAGCUCUAGAUAACACCAGCUCAGCUGAAUCGGUACGGGAAUUCUUGGAUCAACAUCCGUGGGUUCAGAACGUUGCGCUGGUUCAGUGCACUUCACCGUUUUUGAAGGUGGGGUAUCUGGAGGAAGCACUGCUGAGAUUCCAGAACUUGCAGGUAGAUUGUCUGUUCAGUGUUAUGAGAAGCUUUAAACUGCGCUGGCGAAGGUCGGAGAAUGGAAAGGUUAGAGCGUUGAACUUCGAUCCAGAAAAACGACCCAGACGCCAGGAUUGGGAUGGGGAGCUAGUCGAGACGGGUAUGUUCUACUUUGCGAGGAAGGAACUAAUUUUGGAAGAUCGCUUCCAGAAUGAAAACUGUGAAGUGGUUGUGAUUGACGAGAAAGAUUCGUUAGAGAUCGAUACGUUGUACGAUCUAGAGUUGGCAAGGAUGAUCAUUAGGUCUAGAGUCGAAUAAAAGUCACAUCGCGAAAGAAUUACAAA